UAAGAACGUUUUGUAAUUGUUUUAAUGGUCUUUAGCUUGAAUGGGCUCGUGAAAUGUGUGGAAUGUGCUGUUCUGUUUCUCUACUUGUCUUUACUAUAUUCAUUGUUGUUGUGGCGGUAAGUAAGCCAACAUGUCUACUAUACAGUAUGAAGAAAUUAGCCCCAAAUCGUAAUUAUUAGUUAUGAAAAACUAUUUUCGCAGUGGGAAUUCUCCUCGCAAUAUUAUGGAAUCUACAGUAGCCAUUAAUGUAUUGUAAUGUUUAUUAUUUUCGGUAACCGCGUGAUGUUAUCUAGCUAACGUUAACACUUAGUCCCGGUCGUUGGGUAACGUUAACGUUAACUUAAGGGACUUUACGCUUUUGUGUGCUCCAAAUGUCAGAGAAGCACGACUCUGAAGAUGACAUUUGGGAGUAUAAACCUCUUGAGAAGAAAAAGAAGAGACACGAAUCACCGUCUGCAACUGUGACAAAAAGAAAAUGUACUGUCAGAAAAACCUCCAAGAGAGACUCUUCUUUCUCAGUCAAGUCACCUGACAGGGAAGUUAAGACAUCUGAAAGUAGAGAUUGUAGUUCCGUUGUUACUGGAGGCAGCAGUUUAGAGGCGCAUAAUCUACCCUUAAAGUUAUCUCCUUCUAGUGACACAGUGCUAACAGACAAUGCUGCUGCAGAGGGACCAUCCUCUGGAGACUUUUGCCCCAUGUGUCAGAUGCCCUUUUCCAUAUUGGUGGUACAGACUCAAAGAUGGCAUGUUGCUGAAUGUCUUGACACCCCCAGGGACACAUGCAAAGAAUGUCCAGAUGGCCUCCGGUGCUUCUCCACCAUUCCAAACCAUUACAAGAAAUUCAACCACACCCUCUUGGCCCAUAGUCGAGCAAACAGUGACACAGCCCUCCUCAGCCUGUCCCAGCAGGCAGGGACCAGCGGGAAGACCGACCUCAGUUGUCUCCCAGGACUGAUAAACAAUGAUGUGGAUGGCUCUAUUUUAGAAAUUUCACAGGAUAAUGCUUUUAGUCUUUCUGCCAUUUCCAAUCAUAGUGUCUCCCCUCACAGUAAUCUCACUGGAACACCUCCAUCUAAACUUACAAAUGGACUUCUGUUACUGCGUUCACCUGGCCCAGAGGAUUUUAAGAAAAAGAAAGGAUGGUCGUCCUCUACUAAAAGACAAAAGCCUAUCAGUGCUUCUCAAGAAAGUAAAACAGAGCUUUCAUCCACUCCUGUCAAAGCAGAGAGUGGAAUACAAGCUUGUGAAGGUUUAGCCAAUUGUGAACCUUCCCCUGACAACAAUGAUGCAAUAUCCUAUUCACCACUUUCUGAGUUCCCUGCAGAGACUGAAGUCCAUAGUAGUGAAUGUCGAAAAGCCCUUUUUAAUAAUGAUGCAUUUGAAAAUGAGAAUGAAAACUCAAUGGUGCUGUUCAGUGACGGUUUCUCAAGUGAAGAUGAGCUCCUCACUGGAUUUAUAGAUGCUUUGGAAACUGAUAAUGUGCAGAUAAAGGAUCCUGCUUCCUUAAACACCCAGCUAGAGUCAAUUACCUCAUUGCCGCCUACUAACCAGCUAGCUGCUUCUGCAGUUGCUGAAAAUAGAGCUGAUUCCACAGGUGAAAAAGAAACUUACGGUAAAUCUACCUGUACCAUCAGUCCAUGCAAAAGCAGUAUUCAGUCUCCACAAAGUAUUGUUUUAGAGCGCCUGAGAGAAACUCUUCUAAGCUCAGAUAGCCUGCAUUUGAGAAACUUGAAAGACAGCAAUGUUCAAGUGCCUUCAUCACAAACCUCCAUUGUCCAAAGAUCUCAAACCAUGCCACCACAGAAGGGACAGAUCAAGGCAGGUCAAGCCUCCUGUCUAAAGCAGACUGACAUUGGAGUGUUUUUUGGCCUCAAACCGCUCAAGGAGCAGGAGAAAGUGGCUGAGAGUGGACCACAUGAAAUCAACACCACCCCUGUUCCAACACUUGGUGAAAACUCAGGACUGAGGCGACAAAGGAGAGCCAGGCAAAGAAAAAGCAAGCCUGACACAAAUGCAGAUGCCUCACAGGGCACAGGGACUGUAAAUACUAGUAAUGUGGUGGAUGCCCAGGGAGAAGCAGGGAAAGGUAGGACCAGAGGAUGGAGAGGAAGAAGCUGGAACCGAAGGAACGCGGUGGGAGAAGUAGAGUUACCACGUUGUCCCUUCUACAAGAAGAUUCCAGGGACAAAGUUUGUCAUAGAUGCUUUUGGGUAUGGAGAGAUCCAGGGCAUCACUGCCUACUUCCUCACACAUUUCCACUCAGACCACUACGGAGGGUUGACCAAGAACUCCACAUUUCCAAUCUACUGUAACAGAAUUACAGGGAACCUGGUGAAGAGCAAACUGAGGGUAGCAGAGCAGUAUGUCCACAUACUCCCCAUGAACACCCAGGUCACCGUGGAGGGGGUCACGGUCAUCCUCCUGGAUGCCAACCAUUGUCCAGGAGCUGCCAUGCUGCUGUUCUUCCUGCCUGAUGGACAGAGAGUCCUCCACACUGGAGACUUCAGAGCUGAUCCGUCAAUGGAGACCUACCCUGAGUUACUCAGCUGCAGGGUACAGACGCUCUACCUAGACACCACCUACUGCAGUCCUGAGUAUACCUUCCCCAGACAGCAAGAGGUCAUCACCUUUGCAGCCAACACAGCCUUUGAACUGGUGACGCUCAACCCACGUACACUUGUGGUGUGUGGAUCCUACUCUGUGGGAAAAGAGAAGGUCUUUCUAGCACUGGCAGAGGUUCUGGGGUCUAAAGUGUGCCUCUCUCGAGACAAAUACAACACCAUGUGCUGUCUGGAGUCGGAGCAAGUCAGACAACGUAUAACCACCGACUGGAAGGCAGCCCAGGUCCAUGUGCUGCCCAUGAUGCAGCUCUCCUUCAAAAAACUGCAGGAUUACCUGGCACGCUUCUCAGGACGGUACGAUCAACUGGUGGCCUUUAAGCCCACAGGCUGGACCUUCAGCCAGCAGGUGGAAUCAGUAGAAGAUAUUCAGCCUCAAAUCACCGGCAACAUCUCUAUCUAUGGAAUCCCAUACAGUGAACACAGCAGCUUUCUGGAGUUGAAGCGUUUCGUCCAGUGGCUUCAGCCCCUCAAGAUCAUCCCGACAGUCAACAAUGGCAGCUGGGCUAGCAGGAAGGCUAUGGAGAAGUGCUUCAAUGAGUGGCUCAUGGAAGCUAAAGCUGCACUGUAAUAAACUUUGUUCACAGCUGGACUCAAAAUCGCCUCUAUUGCUCCUUGGUUAUAAGAGCAAAACCAAUCGAUUCUCAAUACUGUAUGACCAUGGGGAACAAAUAUAUUUAAACAUUACUCAUUGUUUUACUUUUAGUGAAGUUGCCUCAGACUGCUGAGCUCAUAACACUAGUAUUCCAAUGCAGAGUGAGGGGUUGUGAUGAAGUAGGUGAACAUGAAGUGCAUUCACAUCUAUUAUAAAGGUAUGAAUUAAAACAACUCUGAAAGCCAUUUUGUGUAAACAUGAUCUGAGGUCGUACACACAUUGUCUACAAUUAGACCU